AUGACGAAGAUGCGCGCUGUCGUAUACAAGGGACCUUUUGAGGUCGAGGUCAGCGAGGUCGACAAGCCCAGCAUUCAGCAUCCGUCCGACGUCAUUGUGAGGAUUACCACUUCAUGCAUCUGUGGAAGCGACCUGCAUAUGUACGAGGGCCGCACGGGCGCAGAAGCUGGUAUCGUCUUCCGCCAUGAGAAUAUGGGCAUCGUCGAAGAAGUUGGGGAUGGCGUUAGCUCGCUCAAGAAGGGCGAUCGCGUCGUCAUGCCUUUCAAUGUCGCCUGCGGUCACUGUGCGAACUGUGAAGAGGGCAAAUCAGCUUUCUGCACACAAGUGAACCCCGGAUUCGCGGGAGGCGCAUACGGCUACGUGUCAAUGGGUCCAUACCAAGGCGGUCAAGCGGAGUACGUCAGGGUACCUUUCGCGGAUUUCAACGCGCUCAAGCUACCCCCCGGAAAGGAUCACGAAGAUGACUUCGCUCUCUUAGCAGACAUAUUCCCCACCGGUUGGCAUGGCGUUCAACUUUCUGGCUUCAAGCCCGGCGAGUCGGUGGCCGUCUUCGGUGCUGGUCCCGUUGGUCUGAUGGCUGCUUACUCGGCGAAACUACGUGGCGCAUCAGCUGUAUAUGUUGUCGACCGCGUCGCGGAGCGCCUCCAGAAGGCGAAGGACAUCGGUUGUAUUCCGGUCGAUUUCUCUCAGGGCGACCCUGCUGAGCAGAUUAAGAAGAUGCGCGACGGGAAAGAAGUCGAUCGUGGUGUCGAUGCCGUCGGCUAUCAGGCCGUUAACGCCGACGGCAAGACAGAGCAGCCGAACGCUGUUCUCGAAGGCUUGAUCGCUGUUGUGCGCCCGACCGGUGGACUGGGUAUCCCUGGUCUGUAUGUCCCCAAAGACCCGGGAGCGCCAGAUUCGGCGUCGGCAAAGGGCUAUAUCUCCUUCCCGUUCGGCAAGUUGUUCGAGAAGGGCCUGUCUGUAGGCACUGGUCAGUGCAAUGUCAAGACCUACAACCGGUAUCUGCGCGACCUCAUCAUCGCGGGCGUUGCGAAGCCAUCCUUCGUUGUAUCGCACAACCUCCCGCUCCAAGACGCCGCAAGCGCAUACGACAAAUUUGACAAGCGUAUUGACGGGUACACGAAGGUCUUGCUUCAUCCGUGA